AUGCUGCCCACGCCCUCGACAUCGCACGUUUGUUUCGAUCGCGUCUACGAACCGGCUGAAGACUCAUACUUGCUGCUCGACACAAUUUCAUCUGCAUCAGAAACCACAUAUCUAAAGGAUCGAUUUGGUGAUGCGUCUUCAACCCCGCCGCUGGUGCUCGAAGUGGGCGUAGGAUCAGGGGUUGUACUAGCAUUUGUUGCUGCGAAUGCGCAAACUAUUUUUGGUCGGCAUGACGCACUGACGCUUGGAGUUGAUAUCAACAGCUUCGCCUGCAACGCUGCUGCCCACACUGUUCAAAAUGCAAUCCAAGAAAGAGAAAAGGAACGCUCGGUUUUCAUGGAUAUUGUGAAUGGCGAUUUGGCGAAUGCAAUUCGUCCAGGUUCUGUCGAUGUUUUCAUCUUCAACCCACCAUAUGUACCAGCUGAACUGCCUGAUCUGUCGAGUCACGAGAAGUACAAUGUGAUCCCAGAGGGGAAAAAAGCCACCUCAUUUGAGCAAGACUCAUACCUUUUGGAGCUAUCCUACGCCGGAGGUGAAGAUGGUAUGAUGGUAACGAACAGGAUGCUUGAGCAGAUUCCGGAUAUACUGAGUGCAGAUAGAGGAGUUGCCUACCUACUGUUGUGUGCACAAAACAACCCCGAACUAGUCAAGCAGCGGAUAAGAGAAUGGGGCGCAGGAUGGAUGGCAGAGACUGUAGGAUCGAGCGGCAAGAAAGCAGGCUGGGAGAAGUUGGUGAUUGUGAGGAUAUGGCGCGAAGCGCGCUAAGCACCAAAUAUUGGCCGGAUAUCAAACGAUUAGCAGAGGAGUCCUCAAUGGUGUCUUCACGUAUUGGCGGAGAAGUCGGCUUUUGUGACAAGAUCUGCGUUGCUGCCAACCUUCUAGAGCCUUUGCUCCAUAUCGAGGCUUAUGCCGUGCAAUAAUUGUUCUGCACUGGGCCGCCGAUUUGGAAUGCUGGCCGAGUGUCGCAUUGACUACUUACACAGCUCAUUGCUGCAAGUGUGGUUACUUGGGCUUAUACUUUGCACCUACUUUUCUUU